CAUUGGCUGGGCUGGAGGCAGCUGACAGGCGGAGGCAGGCGAGGGAGCUUCAAGGAUGGCGGCCGCCACGGCGCUGAUCCUGCCGGAGAGUCCCAGCAUGAAAAAAGCAGUGUCGCUGAUAAAUGCAAUAGAUAUAGGAAGAUUUCCACGAUUGCUCACCCGAAUUCUUCAAAAACUUCACCUGAAGGCUGAGAACAGUUUCAGUGAAGAAGAAGAAGAAAAACUUCAGGCUGCGUUUUCUCUGGAGAAACAAGAUCUUCAUCUGGUUCUCGAAACAAUCUCGUUCAUUUUAGAACAGGCGGUGUAUCACAACGUGAAGCCAGCAGCUUUGCAGCAGCAGUUAGAGGCCAUUCAUCUCACACAAGACAAAGCAGAGGCAUUCAGCAGUGCUUGGUCUUCUAUGGGUCAAGAGACCAUUGAAAAAUUCAGGCAGAGGAUUCUUGCUCCCCACAAGCUCGAGACCGUCGGAUGGCAGCUUAACCUUCAGAUGGCUCACUCUGCUCAGGCGAAACUGAAGUCUCCUCAGGCUGUAUUACAGCUAGGAGUGAGCAAUGAAGAUUCCAAGCCUGGGUUGGGGGAGCUGAUCAGAACCCAGUCUCAGUAUCUGCAGCGCACAGACCAGGAACGGCUACACCGACCCUACCGUGUUCCGCCAAUCAAGAAGAUGAUGAGCAUGGAGAAAGUUCUUGUGGAAUUCAGUCACAAGGAGUUGUUUGAUUUCUAUAACAAGCUGGAGACCAUACAAGCGCAGCUGGAUUCCCUCACGUGAUUGUUCCCGAAGACUGGCUUCUCCAUCACACUCCUGCACCUCAUCAUUCUGCCCCGAAGAUGGGCUGCCAGGUUCUGUUUUCUGAAGAAUUCGGUAGCUUUCCUCUUGUAAACAACAGGGCUUACCGCUUCUUAGAGUAAUAACAGUCAAGGGAAAUCAUUGUCUCAAGAGCUUCUAAUACCCAUUCUCUCCUCCUGUUAGCCAACGGCAAACAAUUGUUAAGAAUGCAUUCAAUUGGAAGGAAACAGUAAAUACCAUAUUGUUAUUACCGUCUUGUUUUUGCUUUAUUGCCUGACCUGCUCAUUUUUUACAUGUUAGAUGACACCUUUAUGUAUCAAGGAGAGUCCACAGAGACAAGGGAUACUGUGUACCUUAGAAUACGAAACUCAAGUCAUUACCUCAUUAAAGCAAGAAAGCAAGGAAGUGCAAUCAGAUACUUCGUUUUUCCUUGAAUAUAAUGAUGUUUUGCUUGGGAAAUAACAUAGGAACAAAAUCUGAAAUAGAGCUAGUGGUAGUGAACCAGUUAAUUCCAAUGUGAGCUUCUAUGUGCACUUUAAUUUUUUUGGUCUGAGUGUAAUGAUCUAAUAAUAGUCCAGGUUUCUGUGUGCUUUCCUUUGUACUGCAAAUUAAUAAUGAUUCACUUCAUUGUAAGGGAGAGAUUCUGAUCAUAAAUAAAAAUAAUUGUCAUGA